UUAAAAAAAUUGGUACCUACUUCGAUACCUCCUCAAAUCCUCUUUUGUUAUCCUUCUUAUUUUCCAAGUAUCACUUUCAAUCAUCCAGAGUCCCUCGAUAUAACUGUUAAUAUAAUAAGUCAUAAUAAAAAUAAUCCCUCGAAUAUUUAUGGUAGACUUUCUAUUACAUUUACUUGUUCAUACUAGAUCACAUAUCUUAGCAUCCAUGUCCAAUAUUGACCUCGUCAAAAAAACACUCCGACGUUUCUUGGGUCGGAAUCCCGAUUCAGAGAUCACGAAUUUAUUUUUCUUAGGAAUCCCGAUUUCCCGAAAUCGGGAAUUUUGGUUUUUUAGCAGGAUCCCUGGUAUUGGUAUAGAAGAGAUGAUGAAUUAAAUAUACCGUCAUAUAAGGAUUAGGAAUAGCAAGAUUAUAAUUAUAAUAAAUGUUAAAAAAUGAUUAUGUAUCAGGUAAGGGUUGAAUUAUACAAACAAGGCUUUAUUUAGUUAAUGCAUCUCUUAGUCAAUCAAUGCUUACCGAGCUCUUUUCGACCUGAAAUCCUAACCCGAUACGAAAAAAAUUUUGAAACCUCGAACCAAAAAAGACAAUUUAUCUUUCUUUUCAACCGAACCAUACUUCUUCAUAUAUAUGUAUAGCGAGGUCCUUUGUACAUCAUUUUAAUACAAGAAAAAUAAUUACCGGGUGUAUGCCCCCACCCUCCACGGUUCAUAAUAAGAAGAAAAUACCCCAACUGACACCCACGAACAAACUCUUCCUAAUCUAGUCCAAUAAGAGGCGAAACAGAAACGAGAAAUUCUGGGUGGAAAACAACCUAAAAAUACAAAUUAAUCAUGUUUUUUGAAAAACAGGUUUAAAUAUUUACAUAAUAUUACAAACAGAAAUUUCUGCAUGAAAUAGUAUAACAUAUAAUUCCAUGGAAUUAAUUCUCCGAUAAAAGCUGCAAAAAAAAACAAAUAGUUGAGAAUUAUCUUAAUCGUUGGACCCUCCCCCUCUCCUUACUCUGUUUAUAUCUACUAACAACAAAGAAGCGAUGAAACAAAUUGUAAAAUAAACAAAUUGUAAAAUAAAUAACUUAUUUAUUUUUCUCUCUUUUAUUCCUUUUCUCCUUUUUCUUUUUAAAAAAUUUUUAUUUUCUUU